CCCCACUAAAAUGGAUGAGUCUGGACUCCACUCCAUAUUUUGUGUCCCUCUUUGCCUCGCCAGUGCAUCUGAUGUGAACACAGAGCGCUCCCCUCCACACAGCAUUUCCACUUCAACACAGCAAUCGGGGGCUUCGUCUGCUCAGCGAAGUUGAGUCAACACACCGGGAAACGCACUGCAUGGAUUCAUGUGACGCUCGGAGUCUUCUUUUUCUGCAGCACCGGGGGACUUAAAAGAAGAACAAAAAAAAAACUAUUAGCAUUCUUGGUUACGAUAUAAACCCGUUUUGCUUUGGGAAAUGUGUUGGUAGACACUAAUAGUUGAUUUGUAACCAUUAAACGACCAGUCAUUAAGUACCUGCGGAUCUACUGCAGGGGAGUUUUUACCAGCAAGGAUACUGCAGAGAACCUUUAACAAUAAGGAUCUCCACAGAAGUGAACAAUGCUGAGACUAGGAACCAUCAUUUGCACUUUUUCUGUGCUGUCUAUUGCAGCAAGAGCAGAUUUUAAGGCACGGAACUGCAGCGAGGUUAGGGAGGCUUGUAUCGGGAAAGGCUUCAGCUUCGCACAUGUUCCUCUUCAGGAGAUCCCAGGGGAACAUCUUCGUGUAUGUCCUCAGGGAAACACAUGUUGCACCCAGGAAAUGGAGGACAAAUUUGGCCAGCAGAGCAAACUGGACUUUGAGAAUCUUGUUGAUGAAAUUAGUCAUGAAUUGAGAAGCACCUUUGUUUCCAGACAUAAAAGAUUUGACGAAUUCUUCCUGGAGCUACUGGAGAACACGGAGAGGUCCCUGAAUGAGAUGUUCGUGAGGACUUACGGCAAGCCUUACAUGCAGAACUCUGAGGUCUUUGAGAACCUGUUUGCAGAGCUGAAGCGAUAUUACACAGGAGGAAAUGUUAACCUGGAGGAAAUGCUUAAUGACUUUUGGUCGCGGCUGCUGGAGCGUAUGUUCACGCUGCUCAACUCCCAGUACGUCAUCACUGAGGACUAUCUGGAGUGUAUCAGUAAGUACACCGACCAGCUCAAGCCCUUUGGAGACGUGCCCAGGAAGCUCAAGGCUCAGGUUACCCGGGCAUUCAUCGCUGCACGCACAUUUGUCCAAGGGCUAUCUGUUGGCCGGGAGGUGGCCCAGAGAGUGUCUAAGGUAAACAGCACUCCAGCAUGUAUUCGAGCCCUGACCAAGAUGCUGUACUGCCCCUUUUGUCAGGGCAUGCCGUCAGUAAAACCCUGUAAGAACUACUGCCUGAAUGUCGUGAAGGGUUGUCUGGCCAAUCAAGCGGAUCUGGAUCCAGAGUGGAACCUGUACAUUGAUGCCUUGCUGCUGGUGGCACAGAGGCUGGAGGGACCUUUCAACAUUGAAUCUGUCAUGGAGCCUAUUGAUGUCAAGAUUUCAGAGGCCAUCAUGAAUAUGCAAGAUAACAGUGCCCAGGUCUCCUACAGGGUUUUUCAAGGCUGUGGCCAGCCAAAACCCGCAGGAAUGAGUAGGUCUACCCGUGGUGUUUCGGAUGUGUUCAACGCUCGCUUCAGGCCGUACAGCCCAGAGGAGCGCCCUACCACUGCAGCUGGCACAAGCCUAGACAGACUGGUGGUUGACAUAAAAGAGAAACUCAAGCUGUCAAAGAAAUUUUGGUCCAACCUGCCCGAGGCGAUGUGCGUGGAGGACAGAGUGACCGCUGGAAAUACCAGCGAUGAGGAGUGCUGGAAUGGGCACAGCAAGGGCAGGUACUUCCCUGAAGUUCAAAAAGAUGGUCUGACCAGCCAGGUAAAUAACCCUGAGGUGGUUGUGGACAUCACCCGCCCAGACACCUUCAUCCGCCAGCAGAUCAUGGCUCUGAGGGUGAUGACCAACAAGUUGAAAAACGCCUACAACGGCAAUGAUAUCUACUUUCAAGACUCAAGCGAUGAAGGCAGUGGCUCAGGCAGUGGCAGCGGCUGCACAGAGGUCUGCCCCACAGAGAUGGAAGGUGCUGCCACGGAAGGCCCGGUGGUGGAAGCCGAUCGGCGCGGGCCUGUGGAUGACUCUGCCCCGCUCCGUGCACCGCCUGUGGCACUGCCAACCAUUCUGGCCCUCUCAGCCCUGGCACUCCACCAACAAUGGAGAUAAUGCUGGAGGAACCAGCUCAACAUGGACAGCAGGGUUUUUUUCUUUUUUUUUGCAGUUUUUGUAUUCAGGCAGAUUGGAGCUACAGUCAAGCAGACAGUAUUCAGGCUGCCAGCUUGGAGGCUAGAGGAGUCUGCUCUGAAAAAGAGAGCAGUCAUGCAUCAUGAUUUCCCACUUUCCCAAAGAUCAUGCAGUGCCAUCCUUAGACUUGACAUUUUAUGGCAUCACUUCACCAUCUAACACUGAUGCCGACCCAAUAAACUCUUCUUCAGAGAUUUCUUGCACAUAUGGCAGGUAUUAAUGUAGGUCUCCAUGUGGAAAAAUAUAACACGCACUUUGAUUGUUUUGAUUUUUUUUAAUGCAAAAAAUGUUUGUGUGUUGAAAAAUGUUGAGAAUGUGGUUAUUUGAUGCACCUAAAAGAGGCACAAUAAGUCGUUGAAUAAUGUUUAACAUUAUAUUUUGAAACAAAUAAUACAAAGGAUAAUGACAGAAAAUGAAGGAACAUGUGGUUUCCGCCUAAAAGUUUUAUUGAAUCCUUGUUCCAUUGCCAUUAAAUCGUGUGCCAAUUAUUGAUUUUUGAUGAGAUACGAUUGAAUAUUCAUCAAAGUCAUCAUGAAUCCAUGUUUGUUUUUAGAUCAGAUGCAGACACUAAAUCAUGUCGCUUAAUCUUAUAUUUCACACUAAUUUCCACCAUGAUGUUUGGUAGGUUAAGUGUGUCAUGGGUUGGUCAUGGAUCAGCUCUGUUCAAAAGCCAUCUUGUGCUAAAACUCACAUUUUGUUAAAAGGGAUAAGAUUGACCUUUUUAUAUACUCAUUUGCCUUGCAACACAUUUACUAUCUGCUAAAUAUUCUCAUGUCAUGCUGGUUUCUCAGGCUUUGUUUCAGGAGUAGACGGCCUGGACACAAUUAAUAUGGAGCAAUUAUUGUCACACAGAGAAGCUGACACCAAUGUAGAGUAAUACCAUCAUAGUGAUGCUGGUUCUGUACGUGUUGUGUGGGAUGGGGUGGGGUGCAUGUCCUGGUGUGGAAUUAAUUAAUUAGUCAGAGAGGGCUAAACUAAUUUUAAUCAUCACUAAUUGCAGGAUAAUAUAUUUCUCUACAUGUCUCCUUUAAGUGAGUCACCCAGUGUCAGCUUUCCUCUAACCACGUCAUAGCAUCAGUGACCAUUGCUAAAGCAUCCUCUGUUGACACUGUAAAGCAUUAUAAUGGCACAAUAAUGGAAACUCGUGACCUUGUUCUGUGUACGUGUAAAUGGACAUCGCCGUAUAAAAGGCACAACCAUUUAAUACAGAAUCACUAUCACAGAUGGAAAUCUUGUGCUUAUACUUCUACAAGUAUUUUCACAAAUAUUACACAUUUAAGAUGUUCCAGGGAUUUUGGAUUUGCAUAUACAGGAACACUUUUGCAUAUGUGAUUGGCAGGCCAAAGCUUAUCCUGUAACUUCAUUCACAGUUUAGAUACAAUAGCCAUUGAAAAUGUGCAUUGUAGUGUUUAAAACACGACAACACUGAAAUACUGUCAGACAGUAGUAAAAAGUUAACUGUUGCUCUUUUUGGAAAUGUAUUACCACAGUUAUUUAAAAAGGGAGGGAAUUAUUAAGAGAACAAGUAGGAAACAGCACACAGUGGUUACUGGAAAUGCAAAGAAAGGGCCCCUAAAUUUAUCUGUAAAGCUUGAAUGGUUAUGUCUGCAGCACAGACAGGCUGGAAGCCGACCACAGUCACCUGUGAAAUGAGAAUCUGUGGAGUCCGGACAGGCCUGAAUGCUUCAGUGAAGCUCCUCAGUAGAGCGUACUUACAGAGAAUGUGAGAGGCCUGGCACUGCUGAGGGGGAAGGACAAAACCAGCCUGUAUGUACGUCCACUGUUCUCUGAGAGGCCGCCAGCUCCAUAACCACGAGGCCAGCUAAGCUUACAUAUCCAAGGAAUUAACCAGUGUUAUGCCCUUCGCAGUAUAUCAGUGAAUAUUUGUUGAGCUUUUCUUUAUUGUAUUUAAGUCAGCAUUUUCAUCCACAUUACAAGAAGAAAAAUAUAGAGAAAAUAUUUCAAAUGUGUCAUUUAAAAGGAGUCUUUAUUAUGAAUAUUGAUCUUACAGGAUGCCGUUUUUAUGUUUUGUAUCAUUGAACUUUUAAUGGUAAUAUUUUUGCAAUAAAAUAUUUUAAAUGGA